AAGAAUCAGUUCCUCCCACAGCCAAUAUUAGUCAUAUUGCAGCUUAAAGAGUCUUCCUCUACCAUGGAUUCAAGCGCAAUAGAACUAGUCUUUUAUUGGUUGUUGGUGUUCAAAUCAUUGAGUUACAGAUUUGCUUUAUGCUUAUGGUAUGCACUAUUUCUUUCGGCACUUAACACUGUUUUGUUAUUGCUUCUCCCAAGUGGGUGAACUAGUUCUGUGGAGCAAUUAUGAUAACUGUACAGUCAACUUCUAGAGUUACACCGUCCUUGCCUUUUUUGUUUUUAUAAUUUUUCUGUUUUUCCCUGUAGAUGCAACGUUUCUUUUGAUGUGUAUCCUUACUUUUUGUUUCGAACUUCUUGUGAGGAGGUUUUGAUGUGUUACUUUAAUGGCUGCUAACUAUGAUAUAUGGAAUUAACCUCUCUCUGUCAUCUAGGACUGCUAUUUCACUUUAUUUCAGCAUGUAACGCAGGUGGGAGUUAUAACUGAGCAGCUGGCGCAACCUUUAAAUGGUAUGAUAGGAAACCAUCUGAGCAUUUAAGGCAUAAGAGGCUGUAUGAAAAUUGCUUUAGUUAAAUGUUAUCGAUGCCCUACUUUAGGGGUCUGUCAUCGAAAUAUUUUAUUUAUCCCCUUACGCACUUAAUGAUGUAUUUCAAAUGCAAGAUCUGCUUUGAUGCUUCAACUUGGAUAAUUUGUUUGAUACUCUUCUUAUUAAGUUUAUUUUGUUUGGCCUAUGUUGUUCUACUUUAUUUUUUGGUUAAAAGUGUUGGCAUCCACAUGUGUCAACUAUAAUUUUCGUUGAGUUGGCCAAAGCACGCAUUCAUUUCCGUUGGGAGUCUUACUAUUCUUUAAUUUCGAUUUAUUGCUUUUGAUAAUUUAAUACAUGAUUGUAUUUUUAGACAGAAUUCCAAUUUCUCAGUUCUGGAGACUGGUGUUCACUUUCACCAGUUGCUAGUCAAACAUUUAAUUAUGUCUUGUCUUUGUAUUUCUCUCAGCGAGAUUGUAUUUAUCAUUGGUCUUAAAUCUUGAAUCCUUCGAAGAUUAUCUCAUGUAACUGUAAAACUGCAUGUGUUGUACUCUGAAAUAAGGCUCAGAGUCCUGGGGUGGGGUGGAAGGGAGGAGGCAGCCUCUGCCAAGCGGGUGGGCCUCACUUAUCGUAGUUAACCUAUGCCUUUGUAUGCCACGUUUCUGUUUCUGUUUCUGUUUCUGUUUCAAGGUUGUCUGGUGGUGGCCGAGUCCGUAUUUACUUUGCAAGGCCUAAAAGCAUCGUUGUGGUCUCUAAUUUUACCUUAUUUUGUGCACUUUUUUCUUUCCAAUGUUUUGUUGGAACUUUUCUUUUAGUUCAUUCUUUUAUAUAGUUUUUUGGUGUCCUUGAUAAUUAUAAUGUCUUGUUGUUUCUAUACAAGCAAUUGGUUUUUUAUUUUCACCUGCUGUGUGGAAUCAGCAUUCUGCAGGGUGAUUUGGUGAAUUGUUUGUUUACUUGCUCAAAGUUGUGUUGUCCUGGUUCAUAUGUGAAAUUCAGUGCUGUCAAUUAAUCACAGAAUUGACGACAUUUUAGUAUUCUAAAGUUUAUUAGUGAAGUCAGUUAGUCACAACAGAGCGAUGGCAUUAGGUUUCUAGAGUGUCCCAGCUGACAACUGAGAAAUCUGUUAUGGGCAACUUCAAAGCAUGACGUAUACUUAAUGCAGAACUAUUCAGUGUUGCACUGGUCUUCAUUGCUUCGAAGGAGCAAAGAAGUACUAAAUGUAGCUAAACCAGUAGUUCCCACUUUGAAACUCCCUGGACUGAUGUCUCAGCCACUUUCCAGAGUACAGAUAAGCACUAUGGCGGUUAAAGAGAAUCUGAUUGUGGCCGGUGGUUUUCAAGGGGAACUUAUUUGCAAGUACCUAAAUCAUCCUGAGGUUGCAUUCUGCACAAAAAUUACAGCAAACGACAAUGCCAUCACUAAUGCUGUGGAUAUUUAUCGAGAUUCAACUGGUGGAACAAGGAUCAUGACGGCGAAUAAUGAUGCCAAAGUCAGGAUUUACGAUGCCGUGACUUUCUCUUCCCUUGGCUGCUUCCCGUUCGACUGGUCUGUAAAUAACACAUCCGUCAGCCCUGAUGGCAAGUUGCUUGCUGUUCUUGGGGACAGUCCAGGUUGCUUGAUCACUGAUGCGAAUUCUGGCCGAGCUAUUGGGUGCCUUCAAGGGCACCUAGACUACUCUUUCACCUCCGCUUGGCACCCAAAUGGGCAUAUUUUGGCCACGGGAAACCAAGACACAACAUGUAGGCUGUGGGAUGUGAGGAAAAUGUCGGAGUCCAUAGCUGUUCUUAAAGGGAGGAUGGGGGCUAUAAGAGCUGUAAAAUUCAGCUCGGAUGGUAGAUUUAUGGCCAUGGCUGAGCCAGCAGACUUCGUCCACAUCUUUGAUACCCAAUCUGGUUACAUUGAAGGGCAAGAGAUUGAUAUGUUUGGAGAAAUAGCGGGCAUAUGCUUCAGCCCAGAUGCUGAAUCUCUAUUUGUUGGCGUGUCUGAUCGAACCUACGGGAGCUUAUUAGAGUUCAACAGGAGACGUGAUAAUAGGUAUUUGGACUCCAUGAUUUAAUGCCUGGCCUGGAACCAAGUCUAAAUAACCCACCCUUCAACAGUUUGUAUAUGGGUCUGAAACAACAGUUUGUAUAUGGGUCUGAAAAAGGGUAAUAGAGCAUAGACAUAGUGCUUGUAUACGGAAGUCCGGAAAAUUCAGCCUGCAUAGAACAAAUAAGAGAUCUUUUAGAUUCACGCGUUACAGAAGCUUGAAAUCGCAAGUCCAAUAAUUCAAAGCAAA